AUGGUAAAAAUACCAGGCGACAUCAGUUGGCCUAUCGUUGGCAACAUAAUAUAUUGCCUAAAAUCACCUGUUGAACUGUUUCGAUAUGUGCGGUUGGUGUUCAAAAAAUAUGGACCUAUCUAUCAAAUGCACGCUAUAAAUUGUCAAACCGUAGGAAUAGUGGACCCUAAACUUGUUGAGAUUAUUUUAUCUUCACCUCGGUAUAAUGAAAAAUAUAUACCUUAUAAUUUCCUUAAACCAUGGUUAAAUGAAGGUUUACUAGUAAGCAAUGGCAAAAAGUGGUUUCAUCGACGUAAACUACUAACGCCAGCGUUCCAUUUCAAUAUUUUAAAAAGGUUUACAAUGACUUUUACUGAAAAAACUCAAAUUUUUUUACAACUACUAGAAAAGCAAGUCAGCGAAGAACGAGUGAACAUAAUACCCUUGAUCACUUCUACAACGCUUGAAAUUAUGUGUGAAACUGCAAUGGGAACCUUAAUGCAAGAUGAUAUGAAGUCUGUUGCAAAUAAAUAUUGGAAAGCAAUAGAAAUCAUAGGCUUAUCAGUAUUCAAUAGACUUCGAAAUCCAUUAAUACAUUCCAAUAUCAUUUAUCAAUUGACGAACAAUGCUAAGACACAAAAUAAGGCACUAGCAGACGUGCACUUCUUCACAACAAGAAUAAUCCAAGAAAGAAGAAAUUUCUUAAAAUAUAAUAAUAUAAAUACUUUUGGUGACAGCAAAGAUUAUGGAAAGAAAGGCAAUGUGGCAAUGUUGGAUUUACUCCUUCAGAAUCAAAAAAUAGGAAAUAUAGAUGACGCCGGUGUUAAAGAGGAAGUUGAUACCUUUAUGUUCGAGGGACAUGACACAACGGCGCAAGCAAUAAUUUACUUGCUAAUGUUGAUAGCAAAUGAGACUACAGCUCAAAACAAGAUUUAUGAAGAAAUGAAAUAUAUAUUUGGUGAUUCACAACGGACACCAACGAUGGAGGAUCUACUCAAUAUGAAAUAUUUAGAAUGCUGCAUAAAAGAAAGUUUACGGCUUUACCCAAGCGUACCAAUAAUUAUGAGAUAUUUAAAAGAAGAAACAACUUUAGGUGAUUAUGUUUUACCUUCAAAUACGCACGUCCACAUACCAAUAUACGAUUUGCAUCGUCGCGAAGAUAUCUAUCCAGAGCCCGAAAGUUUUAUCCCUGAAAGAUUUCUUCUAGAAAAUAUUGCAAAACGACACCCUUACGCUUAUAUACCCUUUAGUGCUGGAUCCAGAAACUGCAUAGGUCAAAAAUUCGCCAUGUUAGAAAUGAAAACACUCGUAUCCAGUUUGUUGAGGCGAUUUCGACUGGAAGCUGUGACUAAGCCGAGUGAUCUAAUGUUUCGAACUGAUAUUAUAUUACGUACAGAAGGAAAUCCGAUAUAUGUAAAAUUUCAUAAAAGAGAA